GGGGCGGGACUUCCUCGCUUCCUCACUGCGACGGACACUUGUGUACAAAUAAAGCGAGCACGGACUGACGUAAACACUAUGUGUUCCAGGCAAACCUGAGCCCAGAGAGUCCCUCAAAGUGCUCAGCUGAGGAACACUGGAUAUGUUCAGCUUGCCCAAUAUUCCUCAGUGCUAAAGGGAAUCCCGCCGCCCAUCAGAAUGAAGGGCCUUUUCCUUGUGGAGCCUGUGGUGGCUCUUUACGCUUUCUCCAGUUUUCUCAUCUACCCCCUGGUGCAGCAGUACGUGUACCGGAGGCUCUGGCAGGAACUGACCAACACCACCUACCCGGCGUCUGACAACACGUCCAGAUGUGCCACGAACAGCAGCAACCAGUCAAGUUAUCAUGAGAUGGUCCAGAGGCAGGCAUCGCUGUUCUCCCUUUACUCAGAGCUCUUCUCCACCAUCCCAUCCUUGUUUGUCACCCUCAUGCUUGUGGCAUACAGCGACCGCGGCGGACGCAAGAUCACCAUCAUCCUGCCUUUGAUCGGCACGCUGGCCUACACCUUGUCUUUUCUCACUGUGUCCUACUUCGAGCUCAACGUCUACUUGCUCAUCGGCUCUUCGCUCCUCAGCUCUCUGUUUGGGGGCUUGGGUACGUUCCUCGGCGGAUGCUUCGCUUACAUCGCGGACUUGUGUGAGGACGGCCAUCAGAAAACUAUGCGCAUGGCUGGACUGGACAUGAUGAUUGGACUGUUGUCUGGGGUGGCUUUAAUAUCAACAGGCUACUUCCUGAGAGCUGUAGGAUUUAACUGGCCGUUUUUAACCUCAGCCAUUUGCCUGUGUUUGACUCUACUAUAUGCAAUUUUCAUCCUGGAGGAGACCGUAAAGAAGACUCCAGCUGACGCCAUUAGUCUAGAAGGCUCUACUCAGCCCGCAGCCCUGAAGCAGAUGAUAUUCGGAGCCUACCAACUGUUUGCAGGGGCGAGCUGCAGGUGUAAAACCGUUUUGUUUCUCCUGAUGCUGAUCUUCACCAGUUACUCCUUUUCCUACAUUGGUGGCCUCAGCAUGAUGACACUUUAUGAACUGAAUGAGCCGCUGUGCUGGACUGAGAUUUUGAUUGGCUACGGCGCAGCGCUGUCCACCGCGAUGUUCCUGGUCAGUUUUGUGGGAGUGCUGGUGCUAACGUGCUGCGGUGUACCACAGCUGAUCAUUGUCCUGAUAGGAAUCUUUUCUGUGGCCUCAGGCAUGAUCAUGGUAGCGUUUGUCAAAACCACCCUGCUGAUGUUUUUAGUGAGGCUGCCAAUGCUCCUGUCUAUCAUGCCUUUCCCUGUGCUGCGUUCCAUGAUGUCAAAGAUCAUCUCAAAGUCUGAGCAGGGAGCCCUGUUUGCCUGUCUCUCCUUUCUGGACAGUUUGACCACCAAUGUGUCAACCGCCGUCUUCAAUAGCAUCUACGCUUCCACGGUGGCGUGGUCCCCAGGCUUCGUCUUCCUUUUGUCUGGAGGACUCUGUGCCAUCCCCGUGUUUGCGCUGAUAGCCGUGGGUCUGAUAGGAGUGGAUGUUCCCACAGAAGAGGUCAAAAAGCCAGAGGAGGAUUCUGUUGAAGAUCAUGAUGACAGAGUUCUCCUCCACUGAGCCACGUGCACUGUGACAAGUCUCAGAUUGAUGCAUAUUGAUUCCGACCCGUCUCGUCUCGGCUCGGCGGCUGGAUGUUGUUGUUUGGUGCCACCGUCCCACCCACCGUGUCCCAUUAAUGCCACCGCCCAGAGGAGCGUUUGUGUCCUCAGCCACGUCGACUGCUGGCGAGCCGGACUCUUAGAAAGGACGAUCCCCCCACAGCUCUGGAACACAGGCAAAGCAAAGGUCACUGUGGCAAUCAAUACUCUGCUGCCUGGUUCUGCUUCAGUGCAUCAGACUAACGAGCCAGCUGCUGGAUAAGAGACGUCAGCGUGGCCGAUAUCCCAACCUACACUACACUGUAUGGACCAGACAAAGAAGAAUCAGAAUCAACAUUAAUGAUUUUCAUUCCAAGUUAUUUGCAUCAUCAUCCACUUUUCUCUUGAUCUCUUUUCCAUUGCUUAUAUUCUCCACUUUUAUUUUUCUUACGCGGGUUCACAAUAGCUACGUUUGGUCGGGGCGUGCUCUUAAACACACACACGCCGGCUGAGGGAAGGGCCACAGGUCAAACCAGAAGCUCUCCAGUCUCACUCUAACAUUAGCGGCACCACAGGCCCAGUGCGCCUCCUGUUCAGCCACACUGGCACACAGCGAGGCAGCACGCGGCGCGUACAGAUGUGAGCUCACGCGCUCACAUCUGUAUUUAUCCGACUUUUGCCUCCGCCUCUGUUCUCUGCAGCGAGCUCAGUUUUACAGCUUGCACUUGGCCACGUCGGGAUUUCGCCGGCUUAUUAAUAGACGUUUUCAUUUGAGUUCGCAUCGACAGGGCUGAUGUAUGGCUCACAAGCAUCGGGUUCCUGAUUGUGUGGAAAGUGUGCGCUCAAGAGUUUAAACAGCAAAGGUUCUAUCUAUCUAACAGAUAUUCAGGAAUUUAUUGUCCCAGUGCAGUCAGUCAUAAAAGACAUAUAAAAUAAACUCAUAAAUGAAUGGUCCUAUAUUAGAAUAUAUAUCAGUAUUUCAAUACGUUUUACUGUCAACAAAUGAAGACCAAAACUAACAAUGUGCUCUGCUCCUAAAUAUGAACGUGCGGCUUUAAGCUUUAAGAAGCAUUUCUUUAAUGGCGGUAUCCUAAAUGAAAGCUUAGUCGUGUCAGAGCGUCCACGUCCGACCGUUUCGGGCUGGAAUCCCCCCCAGACACUGGCUUUUCAAAUAUUAUUGUUUAGCUUUCAUUUGUCUGAAUUAGCAAAUCCCUCGAUGUUCAACAAUGGAGUUAGAUGAUACAUCUGGACUCAGCUUUAAUGAAGGCUGUUAUCUGAGAUGGAUUAUAUUUGGUCUUUCGUGAACCCAAACAUGACAAAGGAAGUCUCCAUCCCAUU